AUGUGCAGAUUUCAGGCCUUCACGUUCUUCCUUCUUCUGCAACUGAAGCUUCCCAAAGCAGAAGGCAAAUGUAUCUUUUUAGAGGUCCAGCAGCGCUGCACUUGUUCACUUCUAAAUCAGUCAGAAUUAAACAAUAUUGCUGUAUGCCUUUUAGCUGCUGAGUAUGAACUCAAAGGAGGAAACCUGGAACAAUUUUCAGGCUUUUCUGAAAUGAAGCCAAAUUCAAAUGUAAUUAACAUCCUGCAAGCUCUGCAGGUAAGAAAGCUCAUCUUGACUGACCUCUUUGUGCCGGAAGUUCUGUUACCAGGUGCCCUGGAAUUUAUUUCCUAUACAAGUCUUGUUUCAGAACUUGAAUUUGUUAAUUGCACUUUCCUUAGACUUGUACACUGGCAAUAUAUAAGGCCCUUGAAUCUAAAAGUUACCUCUCUGCGUUUCCACAAAGUGAUUGCUGCCCCUCUGGAUGAAAGAUUUGAUAUAACCAGUCUGAAGAGAUGGCUGGAGACCCUGGAGAAUCUGACACUGACAGAGUCACAAAUUACAUCUAUUCCUUGUAAGAUUGGCAGAAUAUUCAGAGCAUUACGUUUUUUGGAUAUUUCAGGAAAUCAUUUUCAGGAUCAAAGCAUAAACUCAACAUUCUGCAAAGGUGCUUUCCCACAGCUCCAAGUAUUAAAACUAAAUCACAAUAAUUUGACUUCUUAUGAGACUUUGUGCAAGACUCUUAGUAAUUUUGAUAUGCUUACUCUCUUAGAUUUGAGUCAGAAUGACUUCUUGCCUGGAGCCUUCCCUUUCCACUGUAUGUGGCCACAAUCACUUCAGAUUUUUAAUUUGUCUAACACGGGAUUAGAACACGUGGAUAGAUUACUGCCUCCCAACAUUAAAGUAUUAGAUCUGAAACUUUAUUUGUCCAAUAAUAGACUACAGACGUUCCCAUCAGUCCAUCAGCUUCCUAAUCUGGAGGUCCUGAAUUUAGAUGGAAACUGCAUGUCAAGGUUACGGAGCAAGGAUUUAUUGUAUCUGAAACAUUUACAGAGCUUAAAGGCUGGCCACAAUCUGUAUAACUGUUCUUGUACUUACUAUAUCAGGGAAAUCCAAGACUUAGCAGCUAAAGAAUCAUUGCUGCUUGAUUGGCCUCAGAAUUAUGUAUGUGACUCCCCUCCCAUUUAUCAGGGCUACCUGGUAAGAGAUGUGCCUCUAUCACUACUACAGUGCAACAAGACUCUGAUCAGUCAAGGCUCAGUAGUCAGUCUAUUGAUGUGUCUUUCCCUUGUUCUUCAUUUGCUUCUAGCAUAG